GAUGCAGUAGAAUGACACACUGCAGCUCACGAUAUUAGACCAUGUGGGUGUUGCAAGAUAUCUGUAUUGUAUACUGCUUUGUAUUUUCAUCUUCAAGCCAAUUUCUAGCUGCUAAUGGAUCGUAUUUAACACACAAAAAUGUACAGCUCUUCUCUACCAUGUUUACUAAAGGAUCAUUCAGCAUCCCUCUGACCUUCAUCUCGGAAAAGCUCAUGGUGGACUGAGGUGCAGAUGGGACCACCUGAUCCCAUCCUGGGGGUGACAGAAGCCUUCAAACGUGACUCAAACUCUAAGAAAAUGAACCUGGGUGUGGGGGCAUACAGGGACGACAAUGGCAAACCAUAUGUUCUCAACUGUGUCCGCAAGGCAGAGGCUCUGAUUGCCUCUAAGAUGCUGGAUAAAGAAUAUCUGCCCAUUGGGGGUCUGGGUGACUUUAGUAAGGCUUGUGCUGAGCUUGCACUGGGGGCGGACAGUGAGGUUCUCAAAAGCAAGAGGAGCAUCACUGUCCAGACAAUCUCAGGCACUGGUUCUCUAAGGAUUGGAGCAAACUUCCUGUCAAGGUUCCACUUGGGAACAAAGGAUGUAUACUUGCCAAAGCCAUCCUGGGGAAACCACACCCCUAUUUUCCGUGACGGUGGUAUGCAGCUGAAGGCGUACCGUUACUAUGAUUCUGCUACCUGCGGCUUUGACUUCACUGGAGCGCUUGAUGACAUCUCGCAAAUUCCAGAGCAUAGUGUAAUCAUGCUGCAUGCUUGUGCUCAUAACCCCACUGGUGUCGACCCCCGACCAGAGCAGUGGAAGGAGCUCUCGGCCCUCAUUAAGAAGAGGAAACUUCUGGUGUUCUUUGACAUGGCUUACCAGGGCUUUGCUAGUGGAGAUAUUAAUCGAGAUGCCUGGGCUGUGAGAUAUUUUAUUGAGCAGGGCCACAACGUCCUCCUGUCUCAGUCAUUUGCGAAGAACAUGGGUCUCUAUGGUGAGCGUGUUGGAGGGUUCACAGUGGUAUGCGCAGAUGCUGAGGAGGCUAAAAGAGUGGAGUCUCAGCUGAAGAUCCUGAUUCGCCCCAUUUACUCCAACCCACCCAUGAAUGGAGCACGCAUCGCUUCCACGAUCCUCACAACACCAGAGCUGCGUUCUACAUGGCUGGAGGAAGUGAAGGGAAUGGCCGACCGUAUUAUUAAAAUGAGAGAAAUGCUGGUGAAUAAUCUGAAGAAUGAGGGCUCCACUCACAACUGGCAACAUGUGACUGACCAAAUUGGCAUGUUCUGCUUCACUGGGCUCAAACCUGAGCAGGUGGAACGUCUGACAAAGGAGUUCUCUGUUUACAUGACUAAAGAUGGCCGUAUCAGCGUUGCCGGUGUGACCUCUGGAAAUGUGGGAUACCUUGCACAUGCCAUUCACCAGGUCACAAAGUAGACCAAAAUGAUGCCGAUACAGGAGACUUGUAUACUGGUCCUGUUUCUAUUAG